CAGUAAGCAAUACGAUUCGUACAUUUACUGCAGUUAAAUGUCCGAAGCAAUGGAAAGUUCACAAACAGUUCCGGGUUUUACCUGGCCGGCAUCUUCAGCGACAAUCCAAUCAAAAAUUACCUUCACUUGGUAUGAUUACGCUCUCUUUUCGUCAAUGCUGGUAUUCAGCGUAUUGAUUGGAAUAUGGUUUGGUUUCAUCCGGAAACAAAACACCGCCAGUGAUUACCUGCUUGGUGGCAGGGCGAUGAAACCAUUUCCGAUUGCUAUGUCACUCGUAGCCAGUAAAAUAUCUGAGUGGCUCUCCUGGCCAUACCUGCAGAUGUAUACAACUUUGGAAUUAAUUAUUCCAUUAGUUGUAUUUCAGUUUUUUUGACUGCAGUUAUCAACGCCUAUGUUUACCUGCCUGUUUUUCAUAAAUUGCAAAUGACCAGUACUUAUGAAUAUUUAAAAAUGCGCUUUAAUGCACAAAUCCGUAUGUUGGCGUCGUUUCUUUUCACUCUAUACGUGUUAUUACACUUGCCUGUGGUAAUAUACGUACCCGCUCUGGCAUUGGAACAAGUGACUAAUAUUAAUAUACACAUGAUAACACCUAUAAUUUGCUCCGUGUGUAUUUUCUAUACAACAAUCGGUGGAUUGAAAGCUGUUGUAUGGACGGACAUGUUACAAUUCUGUGUCUCAAUCGGCGCCAUUAUUGCUGUUCUUUAUAUGGGCUUGAUAUCCGCUGGUGGAAUAGGCAAUGUUUUUAAUAAAGCAGCGGAAGGAGAACGUUUUCAUAUUGACUUCAACCCGGACCCAACACUACGUGACUCUUUCUGGGUGAUUGUUUUGGGAUGGUCCUUCAAUUCCCUAUCAAUGUUGGGAGUUUCUCAAUCUUGCGUACAGAAAUUCCUAGCGUUGCCAACAUUAAGCGAUGCAAAAAAAGCUCUUGCAUGGUAUGUAGUAGGUGCUGUCACAGUAAAAAUCACUUGUAUAUUAACAGGUCUAAUAAUGUACGUUAAAUAUUUCGGGUGUGACCCGUUAUUGUCCGGGCAAAUCACGAAAGCGGAUAAAAUCCUACCACAUUAUGUAAUGGAUGUAUCAGGAUCUGUGCCUGGAUUACCUGGUUUGUUUAUCGCAGGAAUCUUUUGCGCUUCUUUAAGUACCCUAUCAGCGUCAUUGAAUUGCCUUGCUGGAACAAUCUACGAAGAUUUUCUGUCCCAGUACAUGUCAAAAGAUAUCACAGAACAACGAGUUGGAUAUAUUCUUAAAGGUUUGGUGAUUGGCAUUGGUGUUAUAUCGGUAUUACUGGUACGGGUUGUGGAACACCUUGGGAAUCUACUACCGAUUAUGAUUAGCUUCACCGGGGUUGCAUCAGGCCCACUUUUGGGUAUUUUCACCCUGGGUAUUCUAUUCCCAAAGGCCAACGCAAAGGGUGCAAUGGUGGGUGCCCUCACAGCCCUAGGAAUGAUUUCAACAUUGUUUGUGACCGUGCAAUAUUACAAAGCACACAAACUGAUCACAUACACCUCAAAACCGGUUUCAACCGAAACCUGUGACUUUGAGUUUACGCCAGCAAACUCAACUAAUAUUGAUCCUCGUGCACAAGAUGAUGUUCUAUGGCUUUUUAGAAUCUCCUUUUAUUACUACACUCUUAUCGGAGCUAGUAUCACAUUACUAGUUGGCAAUAUUGUCAGUGCAUUUACCCAGGAUGACUCUCCUCCGGUUCAUCCUGAUCUCUUGUCGCCGAUAAUCCGUCGGUAUCUGCCAGACAAGAAGCAGUAUUACACUGUGGACCGCGCUUUGACCAUGGUCACAUACGAUUCCAACAAACAAAAAGCCACAAGUUGAAUUGGAGCGCUUAUCGCUGGGUCAGCGCAGUAAACAAGAUACUCUUAGGCUCGUUUAUAUAUUAUUAGUAAAAUUUGUAAGACUAUUUGAACUUAAAUAAAAAUACUAAAAAUACUAUCUGGAACUGAGAACAAACAUCACUGAUAGCGGCAGUGUGCGUGUGUGUAGGAGCGCAAACAGCAAGUGGAAAGAUGUGUAAUGUGUAAUUUGUAACAAGAAAUUUACAAGUCAUGAUAAUUUGCUGCUAGCAGUAGCACUUAUCAUCCCGCUAUGCAAAUAUAAUCAAAUUCGAAAUUUACAAUCAGAUUUCGCUUAAAUUUCACCAAUUUCCCUGAAAACCGCUUAGUACGAUUGCGUGAACAAUGGAGAACCCAGCCGCCAACAUCACGGGUACCGCGCCAUUAAUUUAUUUCCAAUGGUACGAUCACGCGUUCUUUGGAUUUAUGCUGUUCUUGAGCACCGCCAUUGGGAUAUAUUUUAGCAUAACAGGCGCCAAUAAGAAGAACAUCACAGAUGAGUAUUUUAUGGGCGGUAAGAAAAUGUCAGUGAUGCCCAUCGCCGUCUCCUUGGUAGCAAGUCACAUAUCAAGUGUAAGUUUAAUGGCGGUGCCGGCUGACGUGUAUAGUUUUGGUGCAAUGUAUUGGCUGAGCACUAUUUCUAUUAUGGUCAGUGCAUUUGCGACAAGUUAUAUUUUCCUGCCUGUUUUCUACGAGCUUCAACUAAACAGUACCUAUGAAUAUCUUAUGCUGCGGUUUAAUUCGUCCAUACGAACCAUGUGCUCACUGUUUUUUAUUCUUAAUAUUCUUCUGUUUAUGGGGAUUGUGGUUUAUGUUCCGGCUCUAGCGUAUUCAAAAGCCACUGGAUUGAGUGUCCAUUAUAUUAUUCCGGCAAUUUGUGCAAUUUGCACGUUUUACACUACGAUUGGAGGGUUGAAAACCGUUGUAUGGACUGACACACUGCAGUUUUCCGUGACAUCAACCGCGGUUGUAGUAAUUUUUUAUUUGGGUGUGACUAAAGCUGGAGGAUUCACUAAUGUAUUCCAGACUGCAUGGGAAGGAAGUCGUUUACAUUUUGAUUUUGACUUAGAUCUAACAAAACGGGAAACUGUCUUUGCUGUGCUGAUGCAUUGGUUUCUUUCAUACACAAGAAUGUUGUCAACAAGUCAAGAGUGUGUGCUAAAGUUUUUGUCCUUGCCGACAUUAAAAAAGGCCCAACAAUCGAUAUUCCUUUUCUGUUUUGGCAUUAUUUGCGUGAAGAGUAUCAUUGUUAUCACUGGUUUGAUAAUGUUUACGUUAUACAAAGACUGUGACCCGUUGAUGUCGGGCUCCAUUUCAAAAAUUGAUCAAUUAGUACCAUUUUAUGUUGCUGAUGUAGCAUCUAAAGUGCCUGGACUGACUGGAUUGUUUUUAUCGGGAGUUUUCUGCACCGCACUGAGCACGUUAUCGGCCAUUAUGAAUGCGCUCUCAGCUACGAUCUACCAAGACUUUGUUGCAAAGUUUCUGCCCAAGUUUGCAAAGCAAGAACAGUAUACUUCAAUUACGAUAAAACUUCUCGUUGUCGUAAUGGGCGUGCUAAUUACAUUCCUCGCUUCGCUUGUUGGAUAUCUUGGACCAAUCCAACCGCUUGCUAUCAGUGUUGCUAGUAUAUCAGCGGGAAGUUUCUUUGGGUUAUUCACCCUUGGUGUACUGGUCCCCAGAGCCAAUACAAAAGGUGCAUUUUCUGGAGUAAUAAUUUCUACUCUAUUCGUCGGCUGGAUGUUCGUAGGGGCGCAAUGGUACCGAUCCAAAGAUAUGAUCAAAAAUAUACCCACACAUUUAAGCACAGAGCAGUGCACGUUUGAAGUGCCUGUUGUUGAAAACAAUUCAACAAUUUUAGAUGCGCCAACAGAUAUUUUCUUUCUAUAUCGAGUCGCCAGUUAUUACUAUGCUUUGACUGGUUGUGUUGUGUGUAUUGCGGUUGGUAUUGUUGUUUCUUUACUAACUGAUCAUGGGGGACAUGUUGACAAGAGAUUACUGUCGCCGUUGGUGCACCGAUGGCUUCCGGAGGAUGCCGGAAAAGAUGAUUAUUUUUCAAUUGAUAAGGCAAAUAGAAUCGUGACUUCGCUUGAUUUACAAAAUUUACAGGACGCAAACAAAAAUGUAUCAAAAGUAUAAAUUAUAACAACUGGCAGAAAUAUAAUAUGGUUUUACACAA